AUGACGUCGGAGCGUUCUCGAAUCCCGUGUCUCUCGGCUGCUGCUGCCGAAGGAACAGGGAAAAAGCAACAAGAAGGAAGAGCAAUGGCGACACUGGAUCGCAAAGUGCCCAGUCCGGAGGCGUUUCUGGGCAAACCCUGGUCCUCCUGGAUCGACGCCGCCAAAUUACACUGCUCCGACAAUGUAGAUUUAGAAGAGGCUGGAAAAGAGGGUGGAAAAAGCAGGGAGGUUAUGAGGCUUAAUAAAGAAGAUAUGCACUUGUUUGGCCACUACCCAGCACACGACGACUUCUACCUCGUGGUGUGCAGCGCCUGUAACCAGGUCGUCAAGCCGCAGGUCUUCCAGUCCCACUGCGAGAGAAGACACGGUUCAAUGUGUAGACCUUCUCCAUCUCCGGCAUCUCCACCCUCCAAUUCCAGGACAUCACUAGUACAGGUGAAAACAAAAGCCUGUCUCAGCGGCCAUAACUCUGCCAGCAGCUCCUCAAAGCCAUUCAAAACGCCCAAAGACAAUCUACUUACCUCCAGCAGCAAACAGCACACAAUCUUUUCAGCGAAGGGAUCAAGGGACAAACCAUGUGUUCCGGUUCCCGUAGUCAGUUUAGAGAAAAUUCCUAACCUAGUGAAGGCAGAUGGUGCCAAUGUCAAAAUGAACUCUACGACCACUCCUGCGGUCCCCUCCUGCUCCACCUCAUCCUCUGCCGUCUCCACCCCGCCUGUCAUUAAGCCGGUCUUGAUGUCCAAGUCAGUGCCACCUUCCCCAGAGAAGAUCUUAAAUGGCAAAGGAAUUUUGUCCACCACCAUAGACAAGAAACACCAAAACGGCACCAAAAACAACAGCAAGCCUUACAGGAGACUUUCAGAGAGAGAAUUUGACCCAAAUAAACACUGUGGAGUAUUGGAUCCCGAGACAAAGAAACCUUGCACAAGAUCCCUCACCUGCAAGACUCACUCACUAAGCCAUCGGAGGGCAGUCCCGGGCCGGAAGAAGCAAUUUGACCUCCUCCUGGCGGAACACAAAGCCAAGUCCCGGGAAAAAGAAGUUAAAGAUAAAGAGCAUCUCCUGACUUCGGCAAGGGAAGUACUUCCCAAUCCCCCCGGGCCGGCGCACGACUCACUGCCGGGACCUUCAGGGAGCUCGGGCCCAGAACCUAAAGUCGCGUCCCCUGCAAAAUCCAGGCCACCCAACUCUGUGCUUCCUAGACCAUCUUCUGCAAAUAGCAUAAGCAGCAGCACGUCUUCAAAUCACAGUGGCUACACUCCGGAACCCCCUCUGCCCCCAGUUGGAGGUGACCUCACCAGCCGACUGUCAAGUGAUGAAGGGGAGAUGGACGGAACCGAUGAAUCCGAGAAGCUAUCAGACUGUCAUUUCUCUGCCCACCACCCCAGACCUCUUGCGUUUUGCUCAUUUGGGAGUCGCCUCAUGGGACGAGGGUACUAUGUGUUUGAUAGAAGAUGGGAUCGUUUUCGAUUCGCACUAAACUCCAUGGUAGAAAAACACUUGAAUUCACAGAUGUGGAAGAAGAUCCCUCCUGCGGCAGAUAGCCCCAUGCCCUCGCCAGCAGCCCACCUCACCACCCCUGUUCCAGCAUCCGUUUUACAGCCUUUCAGCAACCCCAGUGCUGUGUAUCUUCCUUCAGCUCCCAUCAGCUCGAGACUCACCUCUUCUUACAUAAUGACAUCAGCCAUGCUCUCAAAUGCAGCUUUUGUGACAUCGCCGGACCCGAGCGCCCUCAUGUCACACACCACAGCUUUCCCUCAUGUGGCCGCAACCCUCAGCAUCAUGGACUCAACCUUCAAGGCCCCACCCGCCGUGUCCCCGAUACCAGCCGUCAUCGCUUCCCCAUCCCACAAGCCAUCCAAAACCAAAACCAGCAAAUCCUCAAAAGUCAAAGACCUGUCCGCCCGUAGCGACGAGUCUCCAAGUAACAAAAAGAGGAAGCCGCAGUCUUCGACUUCCUCCUCUUCCUCCUCAUUACCCCUGCAGACAUCCCUCGCCUCCCCAUUGUCAGGGCCCCACAAAAAGAACUGUGUUUUGAAUGCCAGUUCUGCUUUGAACUCCUAUCAGGCGGCCCCUCCCUAUAACAGUCUGUCUGUGCACAACUCAAACAAUGGGGUGAGCCCACUCAGUGCCAAACUGGAGCCCUCAGGACGGACCUCGCUGCCUGGCGGCCCCACGGACCUAGUGAGACACGUGGGCUCUGGGGGCGGCAGCAGUGAUUCCUGUCCCCUCUCUGUGCCCUCCCUUGCAGGGGAUCUCUCUCUGGCCUCACACAAUGCUGUGUCUUCUCUGCCCCUCUCUUUUGACAAAUCAGAAGGAAAAAAGCGUAAGAACUCAAGUUCUAGUAGCAAAGCCUGUAAAAUCACUAAAAUGCCUGGAAUGAAUAGCGUUCACAGAAAGAACCCGCCCAGCCUUCUUGCUCCAGUGCCCGAUCCUGUUAACAGCACCUCCUCUCGGCAGGUUGGGAAAAAUAGCAGCCUAGCUUUGUCACAAUCCAGUCCUUCAAGCAUAUCCAGCCCAGGACACAGCCGACCGAAGAACACAAACAGAACGGGCAGGAUAAGGACUCUUCCAUAA